ACGCUCCUGCAACCCCAAUUCUCUGUUUCCUCUGUGGUUUAGUUUUUGGCAGUCUCCUCAGUGUUUUUUCUCAAAUUCUCCGCAAAAACUCAUCAUUCUCUGCAAUUCUCAACGCAAACGAAGCAAUGGACGGACGGCUUUCACUUCCGCUCUAUGCUCGCCGGGUGUUGAUGAAGGAUCUGAUCGUCAACAGGCUCUAUAUGUUCGUCAACAGGAUUGCUGUACUGGUCUUGUUUUACUAUAGAGCUACCAGUCUUGACCGUGUUAUCAAAACCAGGGAGAUUCCUCUUAUUCCCUAUCAAAACCAGUCUUAUUCACGUUUCUCUGGAUUCUUUACCAAGCUUACAGAUGGAGACCCGCUAAACUUGCGGUGUACCCGGAAAGAUUACCGGAAGUGAGAAGAUGUGUUCAUAUGCACGCUGACCCGAGCAAAGAGCCCUCCCUGGGGGUGAUGAACACCGUUAUAGCGGCUAUGGCGCUUGAUUACCCUCCUGAUAAGCUUGCUGUUUAUCUACAGGAUGAUGGGGGUUCUUACGUUACUUUAAAUGCCAGUCGUGAAGCCUGGAAAUUUGCCAGAUUCUGGGUUCCACUCCGGAGAAAGUAUGAGUUGAAAAUUGCUUGCCCAGCAGCUUAUUUUUCGUCCAAGGAAAGUGCUCAUGAGAAGUUCAUUGGCAGCAGUGAGUUCGCAGCUGAGAAGAAGAUAAUCGAGAAAAGCUACACCGAAUUCCAGGAAGCUCUGGAGAAGAAUUCAGUAAAUGCUAGCGCUUCCGUUAGCGGAGAUCGUCCACCUUUAAUCGAGGUUGGUUACAGAUACUUCACUGCAGUGGAGGAUGCUCUUACAAGUAUUAGUUUGCACUGUAAAGGCUGGAUUUCUGUGUAUAUUGCCCCUGCCAGUCCAUGUUUCUUGGGUGCAUCCACUACAAACCUGAAUGAUAUGUUGGUGCAAUAG